AUCGAAAUGUUCGUCGCCAAGAUUCUGCUUCUCUGCACUGCCUGUGUCCUGGUCAGUGCCACGCCCCUAGGAUUUGGAGCUCCCCGUAUCGGAGGUCCCAGGACGCUUGAGGGUGAGGAUCUGGUCAAGGCCCAGGAAGUCCUGCAGGCAUCCCUGACGAAACUGGACGAUGGCGAAGGACCCCACUAUCGCAUCUCCAAGAUCCGGUCGGCAAGUACUCAAGUAGUUUCCGGGUUCCUAAACACUUACUCCGUGGAACUGACUGACAACUUUGGAGCUACUAAAGUGUGCGAUGUGGAAAUUUGGUCCCAAUCCUGGCUGCCCAACGGUAUCCAGGUGACAUUCGAUUGCCCCAAUGAACCAAAACUGGUUAAGAAACACAGUGCAUAAGCAAAUGCUUUUAUAUUUCGUUUAAAAAUCAUUUGUACUUCGAUUGCUUGUGUGCUUUGUAUAAUUUUUAAU